GUGUGAGAAAGCUAUGUGGCUUUGUUUUAUUUAUUUAUUUAUUUAUUUCCGUGAGUUGAUUGUGACCCUUCUAUGAGCCUCCUGCAUCCCUCGCUCCUUUCUCAUCAGCUUCCUGCUUUCCUCUUUGCCUCUCUCCUCUCUCAGCUUUCUCUAUCUUGUAAGAGCUAAUGCAUGCGUUGCCAGGGAGAGCUUUGUCAUCCUCAAAGUUUUUUUCUUUCAAUUAUAAUGUUCUAGAAUUCAAAAAACCCUAAAUUUCUUCUCUCCUUUUCUCUCACUCUCUCUCCUCUGUGGCGCCUCCAUUGCUUCCUCUGAGCCUCAUCUUACAACCACUCAAUCAUGGCGGAACAGACCGAGAAGGCCUUGAAGCAGCCUAAAGUAUUUCUGAGCUUGAAGAAAGCUGGAAAGAGAAAGCGAUCACGAGGAAGGAGGAAACAGGAUCUGGAAGAGCAUUAGUUUGGGUUUCAAGACUCCCAGAGAAGCUAUUGAAGGAGGCUUCUCCUUCCUCUAUCUCUUAGACCCUUUUCCGGGUGGUUAAUUGAGUCUGAUGAGGAGAGAGAAAGAAGAGAAUUAUACUGUAAAAUGGCUAGCACAAUAGUGGCAUGAUUGAAAUUUACUGGUCUUUCGUUGAUAAAGCUGAUAAGAAAUUCGCUAAGAUCAGGGAUUUCCCUCUUUAUGAACGCAAUAGGUACAUUUCUUUUGUUGUUUUUUUCCUGAUUGUUCAAGCCUUUUGAUUGUUGAUUUUAAGGGGUAAAGAUUGUAGAUUAUACUUUUAUUUUUAUCUAUAUAUUUUAUAUGGGUUUUGUACUUUUGUGUCUGAAUUGGGUUUUGUCAAUUAAUGGUAAAAUAUGUAGUUUUGAUUGUUGAAUUAUACUGUAAAGAUUGCUUCAGAUAUUUGUUUAAUUCUGUCAAUUAAUGGUAAAAUAUGUAGUUUUCUUGCAUAAAGAUUGGUUUUUGAGAGUGAAAGAUUUGAUCUUGGUUAUUGUGUGACAUUGGGUUGAUUUGUUUAUUUUCUAGAGUUUGGUUUGUAAAAAUGAAUGUUGUGGUUAAAUUAUGUGAUUGAUGAAGGAAUUAGGUUCUGUCUUAGUUUGGAGAUGAAACGAAUGAUUUUGAUUGCUUAAUUAGUGUGACAUUGUGUUUAUUGCUUGGCUUCUGUUUAUUGAUUUGCUAAAAAUGCCUAAACUUUAGCUUAAUUAUGCAUUUGCUUAGAAUGCUUCUUGCAGGUUUUUUUAAAAAAAGAGAGAGAGAGAGAGAGAGAGAGAGAGAAUGGUUCUUGCAAGAUGGUUCUGAAAGAAAAAAAAACAUUAUCUUCAAUGGUUUGUUAUUAGCUGUUGAAGAUAGUAGAUUGUCUAUCUGAAAUUAGCUGCACCUUCUGAAAUUAGUUGCAAUAAGAGUAAGUGCCCCUUGUUUACUUAGUUGCUGUUCUUGAAUACCUUGUUCUCUCCUCCAUUGAAGCAGUAUCUGAGGUAAAUUUUUCUUUAUAUUCUUUAAAUUAUCGAAUAUCAAUUUUGCAGAUUUAAUUAGUCUGAACUCAACCUUUAUUCUUUCCUAUGACUUCAUAAUUUGAUUACAUUUCAUAAUAAACCACUAAAAUCAUUUAUUUAUGUAUAACUCUUAAUUGUUUGUCAUCUAAACAAGGAUUUAUUAGGACUUCAUAAUUUGAUUACAUUACUAAAUUAAGCAUUUUGUGAAUAGAGUACCAUAUUUUCUUCUGAUAAAUAAAUGAAUUUUGUAUUAUUGUGAUAUGGUAUUUUGGUUUGGUGGUUAGUGUGUUUGUUUUUCUUUUUUCGUCAUUUACAAAGUUACAAACUUGGAGUUGGGCCUGAUUGCAUUUAUUAAGUAAUGAAGUGCCAGCCAAAGAAAUAAGAACACACUACCAAGGAAUUGUUAUCGUGUACUCAUAGGAAACAAUAUAAGAGACUAACCCUCAUCAUAUUCUUAUUUUAGAUCCUAACAUGCCAUUUUUAAUUUAGAUGUAUAUUUGUGUAUUUCUUGAAGUCAUUAUUAUCUAUUUUUAUUGUAUGUGGGAAUUGAUGUGCACCAAAUUUAGAUUAAGCUUGCCUUUUGAUAAAAUCCUCAUUCGUGUUUAAACUCAUGCGUCACUUUUGAGUUGCCAGAACUUCCAUGUAAAUAUGUAAGUAUUUCCUGGUGUUCUGGUGUUGUUAUCCUUGGAGAUCUUGUUGUUGCUCUUCAAGUUCCUCACUCUUUUACUGGUUUGUAUUCAUUUUUAUUUAUUUGGGAGAAAACAUUCUUUAUACUAUCUAAGGAUUACCCCUGAUAAUGGAUAAAAGCAAACAUGAACAAUUCCAAAUUUGAUUGAUUCAUGGUCUUAAGUCUCUUAACACAUCAUUUUGAUUGUUUCAGCUAAAAUUGAUUUGCUUGUUAAUUAGAAACUCAUGUUUUCAGUUUGGGGAUUAGCAUGCAUGUUGGGUUAUCAAAUUAUUGUAUUUGCUUAAAUAUGUUUGCUCCUUUCUAUAGUAUUUUUUUAAAACUCCUUUUUACUGAUCUUUGUUGUUUAUUUUUGAGGUGGUACUCCUUUCUAUAAUAUUUUUUUAAAACUCCUUUUUACUGAUCUUUGUUGUUUAUUUUUGAGGUGGUAUAUAUGAGGAGAAGAAAGGAAAGGGAUAAUACUAGGAGAGGCGGCUAUGCUAAGUAUCUUAAAUUUCUAAUUUUUUUACUUUUAAUUUUCCUGUUAUUGAAAUUGAUUGUUUGGGCUUUUUUUUAAAAUUUAAUUUUAUCUUUUUGGUUAUUGAUCUUUAGUCAACUUGUUGAUGAAGAGCAGUAGAGCACCUUUUGCUGAAUUAUUUGAAAAAAUUGAUGCAGUGGACGCAAGUGCCGGCAAACGUGUAGCAGAAUACUUCUUGAUUGACUUCUUUAUUUAAAUAUCCUUAUUUUAAUUUAUUUUACAAUUUUGUCUAAAUAUUUGAAAUUUAGAUAAAUGUUCUUUAUCAAGUAGCUUUAAUGUUUUAGAAUACGUGCGAUAUUGACAAGGAACAUUCCUUAUUUUGAGCUUAGUUUUUUUUUUGGGUAAUCACUUACUUCGUAUAUGUUAAUUUGCUAUUGACUGUAGUGCUAUUAACUUGUGUUAUUGUGUAUAAAAAUCGUUAUAAACAAACUAAUAUGAGAUUUAAACAAUAAACACCCAAUAACAUAGUCUAAAUAAAAUCGCAAAACAUACUGGCCAAAAAAGUCACACUUUCGGCCUCACUCACUAGCAUCACUACAUUGCUUUGCGCGCAACGCGUGCGUGUGCAACCCUAGUCAAGUUAAAAGUAGACACAUAUCUUUCAAUGAUAAUUCCCAAUUAAUCCCACUUGAGAAAUGUCAGACACAAAUUUAUUUUAAUUUCUAAUUUAAGCAAAAAGAAAUAAAAUGAAAUGUUGCAGGUAAAGAAUGUAAAAGAAGAUUAACUGAUAUUUGUGUUUAUUCAUGCACCAUGUUUAUCCAAAUUUGGAAUGUUGAAUAGAAAAGGGUAGGAAGGAAUCCAUUGUGUUUUCUAGAUUAUAGGUGUAUGGGAAACUGUUAAUCUAUAUCUAUCUAUACUCUAUACUUAGUAUUUAAAAACUAUAACCAAGAAACUAAGAAAGACACAUGUCUCCAUCCAUUCUAUUACACUUCUCUAACCAUAGUGCCACAUGUCAUCUUCCACUAUUAAUUUUUUAUUACACCAUUUUUUUAGGAAAAAUACACUUUAAUAAUCCCAACUAUCGCUGAUUUACUUCUAACAAUCCCAACUAAGAUUUAUUUUUUAACAAUCCUAACUAUGCCCUUAGUUUUCCUACAACAGUCCCAAAAAUCGGUUACCUGCUAAAAGGGUAAAUUUUUUUUUUUUUUUUUUUAAAUGCCACAUGUUAGCACAUGAUUGGCCUAAUGUAAAAAAAAUAAAAAGGAAAAAAAAAAAGAAAAAAAAAUAAACAAAACCCAUUGCAGCCACCCCCAGCCCACCGGAAACCACCAACCAAACGCUAGCCAAUCGGGAAACCGGCCGGUCAACCCCCAAAACCACCCAUCCACCUCCCCCCACCCCGAAAAUGGCCGACAGGUUCUCCCAACCCCCAAAACCACCCAGCCACCUUCUCCACUAACCACCGCAACACCCUAACCCCACACUGCGAAACCCACAUAAACUCACCGGAAAAUAGCCACACGUCCCCACUAACCAUCGAACCCAGCCGAUUUCACGUUUACGACCCUAGGUGACCUAUCCUCGACCCCCGAAACCACCUUCCCAGUCAUCCCGAUUCCCAAAACCACCAACAAGUCCAACGAAAGUCCAACAGGGUGGUUGGGUAGGUGGUUUCGGGGGUCGGGAUUGGGCCAGCUAGGGUUGUUGAGGUUAGGUCGACGAUGUUCGAUGGGUAAGGGUGGUGGUCGUUGAGUUUCCGCCGGCGAUGUUAGGCAGUCAGCUAGGGUUUUGCGGUGGAGAAGGUGGUUGGGAAUUUUUGGGUUUUUAUUUUUAUUUUAUUUUUUUGUUUUAAAAUUUUAAUUUUUUUUAAUUUUGAACCAAUCACGUGUUGACACGUGUCAUGGUACCUGUUACAAUAGGUUGUUGACCGGUUGGGACUGUUGGAGGAAAACUAAGGGCAUAGUUAGGAUUGUUAAAAAAUAAACUUUAGUUGGGAUUGUUAGAAAUAAAUCGGCAAUAGUAGGGAUUAAUAAAGUGUAUUUUUCCUUUUUUUUUUAAUUUUUUCAUUAAACUUAUAAUUCAACCUAUUAAUCUUUCAUACACACUUCAUCUUCAUCUCCCCCCUUUAAUUCAACCUUUUCCUAUUCUCUCUUUAAUUUUAGUCCUUCCACCUUCUAUUUAAGCCUCUUUUUCGAUUAAAAUUCCAAAAUUUUAAUUUCUUUAAUCAUAUUUCCGAUUACAUAUUAUACCCUAUAAUGAUUAAGUGAAAUUUCCUCAAUUAUCUAUCAAUGCAAUUUUAUAUGAAUAUGGGCCAGAAGGCUAGUUGAUUAUUAAUUAGCAUAGGACUUAACACUCCAUAUGAUUUUGAAUUUUUUUUUUUAAAAAAAAUCCAACAAAGCAAAAUUAUGUUGACAACUGCUUCCGCAUCACAAGGUUGCUAACCCUUAGGGUCACUCUUAUCAUUCUCCGGACCUAUCGGCAACUCCAGUCAGAAUAUUUGAGUACUUGCGACUGAAAAAAAGAAAUUAAUGGGUUGAAAAGAGCAUCAACAUUCGACCCAAAUUCAUCACUGCAACAAGCAACCGCAAAUUCCACCAAAUUAGGGUCCUCAGAUUUUCAAUGUGGCGACACAAUUCAUUUUCGGAGAUUCAUGAUUCUGAUCAAAGUAUUUCUGACGAUGAUGAUGAAGAAGAGCAAGGUCGUAAAUGGUCGGAGAACUGCGUUUCGUUAGCCGGAACGUCGGAUUGUAAGAAGAAAAGCCUGGGAGUUGCAUCACAACUUGAGUUACUCAAAGGUUUAUGCCAGAGGGAUUCAGGCUUCUUGUCUGAAGAUGAGGUGGAAGCACCAGAUUUUUACAAGAGGAACCUUGGUUGCGAGAAUAAUGUUGAAUGUGACUCAAUCAUCAUAAAAGCUGGUGGUUCGACUUGUGAUCCAAAUGAGAGGACUUCUAGUGUUAAGAAAGGAAGGAAUAUUUUUUCCAAAUCCAUCAAAGAAGGGAAUAAUGUAUCUGAGAUGCUCGAUCUUUAUACCAAAGGAAAUGAAAAACAAUAUGAGCCCUGCACAUCUUCUGAGGUUGACAAAGAGGCGAGAAGAAUGGAUCAACUAAGUGAAAGGGCCAGAUGGUCUACAUGCCAUCCGUUUAAUUCAAAAAACAAGAAUCUUGGUGGAAGAUGUAAAAUCAAGAAAAAAUCUUCAUCUUUACAGCUACAAAAACAAGCAGAUCUGCGGUCUGUUUGGAAAGAUAAGGAUCUCAAUUCAUCCAGUGAUGAUGAGAUACUUGAUAAAGCUGAGCCCAGUGGAUAUCAGCCUAUUGAUAAGAUUUGUCCUGUACUCCUUGGAGGUAGUGAUGCUGGGACAUCAAGUCUUGCAUUGCCAUUGGAAGCAGCUAUAGAACAUGAUAAUCAUAGACGGUCUAUGGCUGAACUUUUGGACAAUCUCCAGGGAAAUACCAGCAAUCCAAUCUUUAAGCCAAAAAAGGGUAGUAGGAGAAAAGGACGAGGAAAGUGCACUGUUAUCAGAAGCAUGACUUUGCUUGGCAAGGAUUUAGUAAGUGAUGAAGACCCUUGUGAGGUUAUGCAUAGUGGAUCAUCAACAGACAAUGAGGACAAUGCUCAAAAUUUAGCACUUGCUAUUGUAGAAUCUGGAAGGAAAUCAAUGGCAGACAAAUUUCAGGAAGCCUUUGAUUGUGCUUCAGUGGUAGAUAAAAGACCUUCCUUUACAACACUGAAACAAUCUAGUACUGGGCUCUUUGGAAGAUUGCAGCAUAUAAUGCAACAUCAGAAGGAACAAGAUGGUGAUUUCUUGAAGAAGGUGCAGAAUGAAGUUUGGCCGAAAGAUGAAGCAAGGUGCAUUGAUGUGAAGAUAUUAUCAAGAUUCUUUGAUGCAAAACUUAGUGUUUGCAGUUGCUCACUUAUUGAAAACGAAGAGAGUUCACUUCAGAACCCUCAACCUCAACAGGAAAAUUUUGGGAAGAUUUGGACCAUCAUCUUUAAUUCGAGGGUUUGUGGUGAUGUCAACCUGGAAGUAGGGAACUUAAUCCGUAUCUAUCCACCUUGGAAAGAGGUACAGGUCCUAAAGGGUGGAGAGAUCAUAAUUUUGACCUUGUACUUUUCCCAAAUCCAUACUUGAUUCACAAUGUUCUAUCUCGAAUAUAUAUCCAUUUUGAAGAAGAUAUCAGAUUCAAGACACAACAUCAGAUGAAGUUAAUAUGCCAUCAAUUGUUCCCCUAGUGGAAUGAAUGUCACAAGUCCUUGGUGAUCAAGCUAUUUUGAUCUUGUCCUCUUCUUAGCCCUUUGGUUUCUCAAUGUGUUGUUUUGAAUUGUAUUAGAACAAGUAGAUUCUCUUUUGUAGGGUUAUGAAAAAGAUUUACCUGUUGUGUACAAAUAUUGUACAAGUAUAUGUUUUCAUUAAAUAUACUUUGAAUCAUCAUUAGCUACA